AUGAUGUCUGCAAAAGACAUGGUUAAAGUAAUGAUCGUCAUGUUUGCAAUUUGCUUUUUUGCAAAGUCAGAUGGGAAACCCAUUAAAAGAUCUGUGAGUGAAAUACAGCUUAUGCAUAACCUGGGUAAACAUCUGAAUGCGAUGGAAAGGAUGGAGUGGCUAAAGAAGAAGCUGCAGGAUGUGCACAACUUUGUUGCCCGCGGAGCUUCUAUAAUUCCCAAGGAUGACGUUUCCCCGAGGCCCCGGAGGAAGGAAGACAAUGUCCUGGUUGAGAGCCAUCAAAAAAGCCUUGCAGAAGCAGACAAAGCUGAUGUGGACGUGUUAACUAAGGCUAAACCCCAGUGA